UUGGCCUGCUGCCGUGGCCUUGGUGGCACCCUUCUUCGGUGGUCAGCCCCAGGCUUCUCCCUCCCAUGCAGUCCUCUGCAGCCACUACUGAGGGCCUCAGCAGCCCCCUCUUUGGGGCCUACACACUCCCUGCCUUCAAGUUCCAGCUGCGCCAUGAGAGCGUGGACUGGAGGCGCAUCAGCGCCCUGGAUGUGGAACGAGUGGUGCGGGAGCUGGACGUGGCCACCCUGCAGGAGAACAUCGCUGGCGUCACCUUUUGCAACUUGGACGGGGAGACGUGCAGCCGCUGCGGACAGCCUGUGGACCCAGUGUUGCUCAAGGUACUGCGCCUGGCGCAGCUCACCAUUGAGUACCUGCUGCACUGCCAGGAUUGCUUGAGCGCCAGUGUUGCCCAGCUUGAGGCCCAGCUGCAGGCCAGCAUGGGUCAGCAGGAGCGUGGUCAGCAGGAGCUGGGCCGCCAGGCUGAUGAGCUCAAGAGCAUGAGAGAGGAGAGCCGCCGGUGCCGCAAGAUGAUCAGCACCCUGCAGCAGCUGCUCCUGCAGACAGGCACCCACGGCUACCACACGUGCCACCUGUGUGACAAGACGUUCAUGAACGCCACCUUUCUCCGGGGCCACAUCCAACGCAGGCAUGCAGGCAUGGCGGAAGGCGACCCCACGGGAAAACAGAAGAAGCAGGAACAGCCAGUGGAAAAGGUGCUGGAAGAGCUGCAAGCCAAGCUGAAGUGGACCCAAGAAGAGCUGGAAACCCAGAGGGAGGCUGAGAGGCAGCGGCGGCUCCAGGAAGCAGAGAUCAUUCGUCAGAAGGAAAUAGAAGCUAAGAAAGAAUUUGAUGAAUGGAAAGAAAAAGAGAUGAAGAACCUUUAUGGAGAAAUAGACAAGCUAAAGAAAUUAUUUUGGGAUGAAUUUAAAAGUGUUGCCAACCAGAACUCUGUGCUAGAAGAGAAACUGCAGGUGCUGCAGUCCCACAGUGUGGCAGAGUCUAAUCUUGAGUUCCUGAGGGAUGAGGAGCCUAAGGAGCGACUCAGGCUUGCACAGGAGCUCCAAGCCCUGAGGGAGAAGAUGGGAAUUCAGAAAAUGGAGUGGAAGAGAAAAAUGAAGGAACUGCAGGAAAAGCAUGUGGCUCAAAAGAGGGAGCUGCAGGAGGAGAAUGAGAAGCUCCAGGCCUCCCUGUCCUGGGAACAGAGGAAAGCUGCUGCCCAGUCCCAGCACCAUACUGGCACCCUCUGCUCUCAGCUCCAGGAUCAGGCCAGGCUCAUCGCCUCCCAGGAGAUGAUCCAGACCAUGUCCGUCAGGAAGGUGGAGGGGACCCUCCAGGGGCCAAAAGCUGCAGACACAGAGGAAGACUCUUCUGAGGAAGAGCUGCUGAACUCCCAAGAUGGACAGCAGAAGGUGCUGGCAGCUCUGAGGCUUAACCCCACCUUGCUAAUGCAGUUCAGACCACUCCUGGAGGAGAACCUGGAAGAGAAAUUGGAAAGCAUGGGGAUUCGGAGGGGUGCAAAGGGAAUCUCAGUUCAGACUCUCAGACAUAUGGAGACCAUCCUAAGAGCCCAGCGGGAGCAGAAGGCUGGAAGGUUUUCUGAAUUUCUGAGCCUGAGGGAAAAGCUUGUCAAGGAAACUACCAGCAGAGUGAAGGAGAGACAGAAGAAUGGGGCCACUGUGGCCCAGACAGAUGGUGAGCCUCCAGUCAAAAGCCAGCAGAGCUCACUGGUCACCAAAGAGGCCUAUCCGAAGGCUGGGACUCUGCAUGUCACGUCACCAUCCAAACCAGCAGAGCUGCCCACGCUGACUCUUCAGAGCUGUGGCCCUGGCCUGACCCAGAUGCCCAUUCCCACUCCAUGCCCCCGAGUGUAUGGCUCUGCCAGCAGCCCCGCUUCGUUGGGGCCCCGGCUGAGUACACCCCCAUUUAGUUCUGAAGAUGACUCGGAGGGAGACACUGUGCAGUGCGUGUCUCUUCAGCGGCCACAAGUUCCUUCCAGGAUGGGGUCCCGGCUGGAAGAUGACUGGGACUGGUCUGACACAGAGACCUCAGAAGGAAAUGCCCAGCUCUCUGGCAAGGGCUCAGGAACUCUGGUACAGUCCAUGGUCAAAAACCUGGAGAAGAAGCUCAAGGUUCCAGUGAAGAAGCCAUCUGGAGGGGUCAGUCUGUUCUUACUGCCCAAUGCUGGGCCACAGAGAGCUGCCAUGCCAGGACAGAAGCCUCAGGUAUCUGAAGAUGAAAGUGACUUGGAGAUCUCGUCCUUGGAGGACCUGUCCCAGGACCUGGACCAGGAGAAGCCGAAAACCUUGUCUUGUUCACAGCUCCCUGAGAAGUUUGGCAGCAGCCCUUGGAGCUCCAGUCGAUCCAGGGUCCCUGGAUGGUGAUCUGGCCCAGAGCCUGGCUGGCCAGAAGGACCCGCCUUGUCACUCUGCUGGGGCCACCUCAGGUCCCACCCAACAGAAGGGGCUGCUGGGCUUCUUGUUUUCACCAAUGACCAAGAAGUUUUCUCCCUUUGGAGAGAAACUGAGUAGGGGAGAUAUAUGAUUUCUUCUCACCCCACCUAUGAGGGGUCCUGCCCCAGAGGGCCAAGAGUGCCUGGCUGGGUGCCCGUGGGUCUCAAGGAUGGUGAAAUGGCUAUAACAGGACCUCCAAGCACUUUCUUUCCAUGACCUCCACGUCCACACCAGGCUGGAAGGAGCUACAUGGUUUUCAUUCCUGAGCAUUUAAUAAACCUGCAGGAACUCUGUGGAGAUGGGUCUUAUAUGUGGUCCUUUUCAGGACAGAUGCCUCCAUCAAUCAUUCAAUGA